AUGACCGCUGCUGAGCACUCAGCGUUUUUGCUCCAAAUUGUCAAGGUGAGCACGUUUGGCGCUAUUAUGAGGGGUGGCACUUACGCUGGAAAGAAGUAUGUCAACGUCGCCAGCUUAACGAUACUGGUCACCGACUACUUGCAGACUCUCGAGUUGGAGAUUGAACUUAUUUGGCGUGCAAAAUGGGGGUUGGUCAAAAUACUCUUCCUGUUCGCCCGGUAUUCCACCUUCUUUGAUGUUCCCCUGGUGUUGUACUACUCACUGGCUCCUCAUCCAUCCAACCAGAAAUGCUUGGUUAUAUAUUCAAUCGCAUCUUGGUCCACAUGUUUUGGGAUUGAGGUAUCGGAGGCUAUUCUCGUCAUCCGCACCUACGCUCUUUCUGGAAAUAGCCGAAACAUUCUCAUCUAUCUGUUAAUACAGUUUGCGGUAAUUUCGACGGCAGUCAUCGUAAUCCUGGUCAUUUUCCUCCGAUCAUUAAGAUAUGGAGCUCCUCCUCUCCCCACUGUUAUGGGUUGCUAUCCGACGGAGGGUAGCAAAAUCUUAUUUGCCGACUUCGUCCUUCUAAUGUUGAACGAAACGACCAUAAUGAUAUUAACGCUAUGGAUCGGCGUCAAACGAUAUAGACACUCUCGUAAUCCCCUGAUCGGCACUCUCUAUCGAGACGGAAUAUUCUAUUUCAUUUACCUAUUUUUGAUAUCGGCUGCCAAUAUUGUGGUGCUUGUCGUAGGGCCUCCCGAACUUAUCGACCUGGUGGACACGUAA